CAUUUACUUGAUGUACAAAUCCAGGUCUGUCUGACAGCUCGCAGAGUUAGCGGUCUUCUUUUCUCUUGUGUAUCCGCUGCUGGUGACCACAGUCGAGCCCUCACGGGAAUAACACUCAUCAGUUUUUUAAUAACACCGGCGAGGAGCUGCCCGACCGAGCUGCAGUUACUUUUUAACGCCCGCUCGCAGCUGCUCUGGGGGGCGGAGUGUCCACGGAGUGCUGCGCCGAUUGGGGCGCCCAUUCGGGGGAAGAGAGAUGGCGUGCUUGUUGGAGGCCCCGCUCCGCAUCAGUGUCCUGUCCGAAGUCACCGCCACCAGUCGCCAUUAUGUCGACAGACUCUUCGACCCCGACCCACAGAAAGUGCUGCAGGGAGUCAUUGACAUGAAGAAUGCUGUCAUAGGAAACAACAAGCAGAAGGCCAAUCUGAUCGUCCUCGGAGCUGUUCCGAGGUUACUUUACCUGCUGCAGCAGAGCUCAUCCAGUCUGGAGCUGAGGACGGAGUGUGCGGUGGUGCUGGGAAGCCUCGCCAUGGGCACCGAGAACAACAUCAAGUCCCUGGUGGACUGUCACAUCAUCCCUGCCCUCCUUCAAGGUCUCUUGUGUCCGGACCUGAUCUUCAUUGAAGCUUGUCUUCGAUGUCUAAGAACAGUCUUCAUCAGUCCAGUCACCCCCGUGCAGCUGCUCUACACUGACCCCACUGUGAUUCCUCAUCUAAUGUCUUUACUGAGCAACUCGCAGAAAACCCAGGAGUACAUCACGCAGAUCUUCUCCCACUGUUGUAAGACUCCGGAGCACCAGACGGUUCUGUUCAACCACGGCGCCAUCCAGAACAUCGCCCCUCUGCUAAUCUCCCCUUCUUAUAAGGUCCGGAUGCAGGCGUUAAAGUGUUUCUCAGUCCUGGCCUAUGAGAACACUCAGGUCUCCAUGACACUGGUGAAUGCCUCUAAACCCCACCUCAUCUCUGUGUUUGUGCUUCCAGUGCUGGUGGAUGGUGAGCUGCUCUCUCAGGUAUUUGUCAAAAUGAUGCAACGGGAUCAACCCAUUGAAAUGCAGCUUACAGCAGCCAAAUGUCUGACCUACAUGUGUCGAGCUGGUGCCAUCAGGACAGACGACAGCUGUAUUGUACUAAAGACGCUGCCGUGCCUCGUGCGGAUGUGCAGUAAAGAACAUUUGCUAGAGGAGAGGGUGGAGGGUGCCGAGACGUUGGCCUACCUGAUGGAGCCAGAUGUGGAGCUGCAGAGGAUCGCCAGCACCACUGACCACCUGGUGGCCAUGUUGGCCGACUACUUCAAAUACCCCAGCUCAGUGUCCGCCAUCACUGACAUCAAGAGGCUGGACCACGACCUGAAACACGCACACGAGCUGCGACAAGCUGCUUUCAAACUUUAUGCCUCACUCGGCUCCAACGACGAGGACAUCCGCAAAAAGAUCACAGAGACGGAGAACAUGAUGGAUAGGAUAGUCAGCGGCCUAUCAGAAUCCAGCAUUAAAGUCCGUUUGGCGGCUGUCAGGUGUCUUCACAGUCUGUCUCGAUCGGUGCAGCAGCUGAGGACCAGUUUCCACGACCAUGCCGUGUGGAAACCGCUCAUGAAGCUGCUGCAGAAUGCCCCAGAUGAAGUCCUGGUCAUGGCUUCUUCUACACUAUGCAAUCUACUGCUGGAGUUCUCGCCCAGCAAAGAGCCCAUCCUGGAGUCCGGGGUGAUUGAAUUACUAUGCAGUCUGACCCAGAGUGACAGCUCUGCACUGAGGGUCAACGGGAUCUGGGCCCUGAUGAACAUGGCGUUCCAGGCAGAUCAGAAGGUGAAGGUGGAGAUUGUUCGGUGUUUGGGUACAGAACAGUUGUUCCGCCUGCUGUCAGACCCCGACACCAACGUCCUGAUGAAGACGCUCGGUUUGCUGCGCAAUCUGCUGUCAACACGCCCGCACAUUGACCAGAUCAUGAGCUCUCACGGGAAGCAGAUCAUGCAGGCAGUGACCCUCAUCCUGGAAGCAGAGCACAGCAUCGAGGUUAAAGAGCAGACGCUGUGCAUCCUCGCCAACAUCGCCGACGGCAACACAGCCAAGGAACUUAUCAUGACCAAUGACGACAUGCUCCAGAAAAUCAAAUACUACAUGGGGCAUUCGAAUGUGAAACUGCAGCUUGCCGCCACCUUCUGCAUCUCAAACCUUAUCUGGAAUGAGGAGGACGGUUCUCAGGAGCGUCAGGACAAGCUGAGGGAGAUGGGCUUCGUGGACGUCCUGCACAAACUGACCCAGGCCUCGGACCCCAACCUCAGUGACAGGGCGAAGACGGCGAUGCAGCAGUACCUGGCAUGACUACAGUGGGCAGCCAUCUUCUACUGCCAGCCGAACUAAUAAUUGUCGGGAGGACACCUGCCGCUGGUUCUUUCAUUUCUCCUUUCGUUUAACCUUGAGGCUCGUUUUGUUGCACAAAGACACCUUCUUUGGACCUGUGGCUGACCUCCUCUCACCUCCCUCCCAGCACCUCAGCCCAGCCUCAGCGGUUCUGCUCACUCCUAAGCUCCUCUCGGAGACUCUGACACCGCAGUUGUUGGGAAAUCAACGGUUCGGAGGGCGUCGCUUGUUUUGUUUUUAUUUUAUUUUAAUUUUUUUCUUGAAGUGAAUCCUUUUGGGACUUUGUGAUUUGCAAUCUUAGUUGUUUUUUUGUUUUUUUUUUGGAGUGCAGCUGCCUGACACCACCAGCGCCGGUGCUUCGGUGUGUUUGGACUCCCAGCAGUGGAGAUUCUGGUCUCAGAGAACUGAUUACAAGAGCAGGGCUGAUGGACAGCAAAGCUUCCCGGUUUUGUUUUUUUAAUUUUUAAUUAAUAUUAAUGUUUCCUUAUGGCAUCGCAAAGCAAGGACACAUUUGGAGAAAAAAAAACACAGACUGCCUAUUUUGAAAUUUUGGGUGUUUUCUUUUUGUGGAUACAUACCUCGUA